AUGUCGAAGCCUCCUUUGGGAUUCCGAUCGGUAGCUACCGAGCCUUUUCGCAAAUUGGUGGAAUCCACACUCUCAAAAUCAGCAGCAGACAAUGUAGGUGUGAGAUCUCAAAAUAAUAAGGAUAAUUUGAAGGCUUCCAAUUUCCCAAUCACUACCUUCACUGUAGGAAACUGGAAGAUGUAUUCUAACCUCGAAGGCGACUUGACUGCCAAAAUAUACUAUGCCAGGAAGAAGUUGGUGUGGGAGUUUCUAAAUGGGCCUUUGAAGAGCAAAAUGGAAGUUUGUUGGUCUGAUAUCACUGCUAUUGAGGCGGUUAUGAACCCUAAUCAACCCGGAUGUCUUCGAAUUGAGUUGGCUAAGCCUCCUCUCUUCUUCCGAGAAAUCCCUCCUCAGCCGCGAAAACAAACUAAAUGGGAGCCGGCUGAUGAUUUCACUAACGGCCAAGCCCAAAUUUGCCGGAAGCAUGAAGCUACGUUCCCUCCUGGGGCACUUGAUAAGCACUAUGAGAAGCUUCUGAUGAGCGAUGGGCGUCUGGCUGAGCUCAGUCGCAGGCCCUUCCCGACCGAUGAAUCUGUUUUUCCCUUGCAACAGACCCCACAACAGCAGCUCUCCACAAAUGAAGCUUCAUCUGUUUCUCCUGAUCCACCAUCAAAGCCAUGA